AUGGGUGCAUGUGCUGGUAAAAAUAAAUCAAAAAAAGCAAAAUCUUAUCAACCUUCAGUCGAUUCAACUAAACAACCAGAAUCCGAAACCAAAGAUAAGAAUUUGCAACCAAAUAUGUCAUCAUCACCAGCAGAGACAUUAUCAUCAUCAAAAGGUUUUACAGUAAAUAAUGAUGAUAAUAAUAAGUCGAUAUCAAAUACAGAAACACAGGGUAUCGAUCCAGAUGUUCAAAUUAUAAUCAAUGAACAAGAUAAAAUUAGUAAUACAUUAAGUAAACCAUGUGCACAUCCUGUUAUUGCAGUUACAGAUUCUGAACUUGAAUCGGAAUUAGCUAAUCUUGUAUAUGGAAGACCCGAAAAAGAUUAUGCAGAAAAUCCAGUCAUUGUUUCUACAUUUAAAAGUACCGAAGUUUAA